AUGUGUGUGGCCAUGUAUGAUAUGACAAUAUAUACGGGUAUUUUGUGCACUGAACCCUUCAGCUUUCCUCACAGGGCGGAGACAGACGAGUCAUGGCAGUCUGUUACCCAAGGCCUGGCUGGACUUCUGUGCGCAUCACUUAAUUUCAUUCAACCGGAGAACACGGGCAAACCCGUUAUGUUGUUUGGUGCUGAGGGUUCCGAUGGGCGCCUUGGCGCAGGGUCACCUUAUCGUUACGCUACUCUUUCUCGCGAGAAUGUGUGCACUGAAAACCUAACCCCGCUCGUGAAACUUCUACCAUGCCGGGCUAAGGCAGGCCUGGCAAGCAUGAUGAAUGCAUACACUGUGUUUGACUCGCUGUUCUCUGCGCUGUCUGUCCACGUGAGCACGGAGUGUGUCGAUGACACGUGUGAGUAUAAGAAGCAGGUGCUGGUGCUAGCCGUGAAUGUGGUGCCCACACGGGUGAAUCAGGAGCCGUCGCAACCGCUGCCAAAACAGUAUCAUUGGAAUCUGGGAGAUUUACUCAAAGCUGCUCUAAAUUCGGCGUGUGCUGUUGCCACGAACUCCGAGGUUAAAAUAGUAACCACUGAUUGGCUGGGGGUUAAACGAAUCACACUCAAUAAAGCUCCUUCGCACACGGUUGAACACGGCGUGUAUGCUAUAGACGUAUACCCGGUAGUCUUCGGUGAAGGUAGCAGAAUUGUCUAA